GCGGGGUGUGAAGUGACGACCAGCUUCACUCCAUCUCUUCGGCAGUUCAUGCGAUUCCAGGAGUCGGCAAUCGUUGCCGAUUACACAUCUUAUUCUCUUGCGCGGUGACAUUAUUCCUUCGCUCGUGGGCUCCGGCAAGUUUGCUUCUCCUGCCGUCCUUCACUCCGCUGGCUCCGGCGUCAGUCAAGAUGCAAUCACCAAACACUCGAUGGCCUAUCUUUCUGCUCGGGGCAACGCUCAUUUCAUUGAUCAUCAUCCUUUUCCCCCAUUCUACGACUGAUCGCGGCGCCUCCAACAACGUCGAGCGUGCGUGGAACCCUUCUGCUCGUCGGACGUAUACGACAAGCAUCCCCGAGCCGCAUCGAGUAUAUCGCAAGGCGCUCAUCAUCGCAUCAGUUCAGAAAGAGGACACGAAUUGGACAUCAACGCUGCCAGAUAACGUCGAUGUACAUCGCUACAUCAAUGACAACCCCCAAGCCGAGUUCACGGUGCCGAUGAACAAAGGCAACGAGGUCAUGGCGUACCUCACGUACCUCAUCGACCAUUACGACCGCUUGCCGGAAGUGAUGGUAUUCGUACACGCACAUGAAUUCACCCACCACAACCCUUGGCUCCUCGCCGAACACACUCCGACGAUGGUACGGCGACUCAGCCCCCACCGCGUGAUCCGGGAAGGCUACAUGAAUCUGCACUGUGGCUCUUGGGACGAAGGCACCUGCCCCGCAACCAUUCGCCCAACCGAAGGAAGACCGUGGCGCGAGUUCCAAGACAUUUGGGAGUCGCUUUUCCCCAACGACCCUGUUCCCGAGGUGCUGGCCCAGCAUUGCUGCGGCCAAUUCGCCAUCUCCCGGCACCGGGCACUGCAAGUCCCGCGUGAAGAAUUUAUCCGACUGCGGCAGUGGAUGUUCGACACGAAGAUGAACCUGGGGAUCACAGGCCAAUUUUGGGAAUAUCUUUGGCACUUCAUCUUCACUGGCAAGAAUAUCUACUGCCCGGAUCAGCAUGUGUGUUACUGCGAUGGCUUCGGGAUAUGCUUUGAAGACGACGCAGAGUUCAAUCGGGUCAACAACCUCCUGCUCGGGGUCGAUAAGCUCUACGCAGAGGUGAAACUCAGCCGAGAGCAGGUGAGGGCAAUGGAAGACAUAGAAGACACGGAGCCGCGAGAGCAGGUGGCUGAUUCGGCGCUGGCGAGGCAAGAUCGAAUGACAGCUGUGAUGCAAGACAUGUCGGCCGAUGUCUGGUCGACAGUCGCAAAGGCACGGUCACGGGGCAGGGAUCCUAGGAUUCGUGCUGAAAGGUCGAAACGGCGCUGGGAGGAAGGUGAUGGUUUCAAUUGAGCGUUCGCUGCUGUGCAAAGUCUGAUAGAACGUACUCAAUCACGAUUGCAAUCCUG